CAGCAAGGAACAAAACAGAAAAAAGGGCAGGUUGGUUGGGAAUCAGCUCUCGUUGUCAGUGGUUGUUGCUUGAUUUGCUGAGGAAGUUCUCGUUAAAAAGAGAUCGGUUACUUAUUGGACAAUGGCGUUGCAAAACCGUGGCUUGAUGGUGCGUCGCCAUCCCGGCGAUGAUGGUCCUCUGCCCCAGAAGACUCCCCUGCUGCUGCAAAUGGAGGACAUCCCAAUGCCAGCUGCUGGCCCUGGUGAGGCCGUGAUCAAGAUGGAGCGCGUCGGCAUCUGCGGCUCUGAUGUUCACUACUGGCAGCACGGCUACAUUGGUGACUUCAUCGUGGGCGAGUCGUGCCUCAUGGGACAUGAGUCUGCCGGUGUUGUGCAUGAAGUCGGCGACGGUGUUACCAACGUUAAAGUCGGUGAUCGUGUUGCCAUUGAGCCCGGUGUUCCAUGUCGUCGUUGCUUCCACUGUAAGACUGGCCACUAUAACCUGUGCCCAGACAUGGCGUUCUGUGCCACCCCACCCAUCCAUGGCAACUGUAGCACAUACUACAAGCAUGCUGCCGACUUCCUCUUCAAACUGCCAGACCAUGUGACCAGUGAGCAAGCCGCACUGCUGGAACCACUCAGCGUCGGUGUGCACGCUUGCGGCCGUGCUGGUGUUGCCAUGGGUAGCAAUGUUCUCAUCAUGGGCGCCGGCCCGAUUGGACUGGUGUGCUUGCUGGUGGCGAAGGCAUCCGGUGCAGCCACAGUCACUAUCGUCGAUCUGAUUGAGCAGCGUCUUGAAAUGGCCAAGAAGCUAGGCGCUGAUUUCUGCAUCACCAGCUCGACUAGCGAGACACCGGAGCAGCUAGCCGCUCGCAUCGAGAAGACCGUCGGACACCAGGCCGAUCAGACCACCGAGUGCACGGGCGCUGCACCGUGUGUUUCCACCGCUAUCUAUGGUACCCGUAGCGGCGGUACGGUUGUCCUCGUCGGUCUCGGCCGUCCCAAGGUGGAAAUUCCCAUUGUCAACGCUUCCGUGCGCGAGGUAGACAUCCGCGGCAUCUUCCGAUACUGCAAUGCCUAUCCGGUCGCUCUGCAACUGGUUGCAUCAGGCAAGAUCACAGCCGAACAGCUGGAUUUGUUUGUCACACAUCGCUACAAGCUGGCCGAUGCAGCGACUGCCUUUGAGACCACUCUCAACGCUGUCCAGACGAAUUCAAUCAAAGUGAUGAUUGAGUGCUGAGCACAAUUUCGGUGCAGUGUUCUUCUCUUGUCACCUAUAGUUUCAUGAUUGUACAUGUAGUCAUUUUACUCAACUGCUGGCAGUGAGUAUUGAUUUUACACUCCUUGGUUUGUCUCUCUAUCUACAUGCAGGUAUCUUGGAAGCCAUAUUUCAGUCUAUACAUACAGGUACACCAUCUAUCUAGAUCUUCUCUUCUAUUAUUAUUUUUAUUUUGUCCACGCAUGGAUGUUGAUGCAGAUGACCGACGAGAAAAGCUGUAGUGCAUACAA